AAUAAAAUGGAGAUCACAUGUAGUUUUCCUCGCAAGCUUUUCAAUCUCACUCUUCUUCUUUGGGUAUCACAUCUUCAGGCUACUGAUCAGUCUUUCACAAAUUUCAUAUUUGGAGACUCACUGGUAGAUGUUGGAAACAACAAUUAUCUCUUCACAUUGUCAAAAGCUGAUUCUUCUCCCUACGGCAUCGACUUCAGACCUUCUAAUGGCCAACCCACCGGAAGAUUCACUAAUGGUCGGACCAUUUCUGAUAUUGUAGGUGAAGCCUUGGGAGCAAAAUCAGCACCAACUCCUUAUCUUGAACCAAACACUGAGGUUAACACAAUUCACAGUGGGAUCAAUUAUGCUUCUGGUUCGGCCGGAAUCUUUGACGACAACGGUCUUUUGUUCAUAGGGAGGGUUCCGCUGAGAGAACAAGUGAGUUAUUUUGAGAAAAGUAGAGACUAUAUGGUAAGAAUGAUUGGUGAAAAUGGUACGAAAGAGAUGUUGAAGAAGUCAAUGUUCACAAUCACAAUUGGGUCCAAUGAUAUAUUAAAUUACAUCCAACCAUCUAUACCUUUCUUCUCUCAAGACAAGCUCCCCAUUGGUGUCUUACAAGACUCCAUGGUCUUUCAUUUAACCACACACCUUAAGCGUUUGCAUGAAUUAGGAGCAAGAAAGUUCGUGGUGGUCGGAGUGGGACCACUCGGUUGCAUACCAUUUGCUCGUGCCUUGAACUUGAUACCAGCUGGAAAAUGCUCUGACCAAGUCAACCAAAUCGUCCGUGGCUAUAACAUGAAGCUUAGACAUUCUCUCAGGACAUUGAAUAAUGAGUUAGGAUAUCACAACACUACAUUUGUCUACGCCAACUCUUACGACCUCUUCUUGAAACUGAUUUUGAACUAUCGUCAAUUUGGGUUAGAGAACGCGGACAAGCCUUGUUGUGGGGGCUACUUCCCACCCUUUACUUGCUUCAAGGGACCGAACCAGAACUCAAGCGAAGCGGCCUGUGAGGAGCGGUCAGAGUUUGUGUUUUGGGACGCGUACCACCCAACCGAAGCUGCCAAUCUCAUCGUUGCGAAAGCACUUCUUGAUGGGGACCAAACUGUGGCUACACCUUUUAACAUUCGUCACCUUAACCAUCUUUAAUCAUUAAUGUAAAAUCUUUUUGUGUAAUUCAUAACCAUAUAAAUAAACUUUGGCCUGACCGGUUGAAACGCAUCGGCUACGGUUGCGGCCGCGGAAGUUUGUAGA